AUGAUCAGAAUGCUCAACAGAGUUGGUCUCACACGCUCAUUUGGCACGUUUCGUGCACUUCGCCAGGAGCCAUCGUCUGCAUCGACGCUCGGAGCCAUUUUGAAUCAGCAAAACAACGAGGGUGACGCGCAGGUGGCGAAAAAGAAAGCGCCACAGAUGAAGCUCGUGAAAUUUGUUCUUCACGGUUUGUUCCGCAAAAACAACUCCCACUUGACGCUGACCAAGGUUGAAUACGACACAAAUUUUGAGCAGAAUAACCCACAAUUGUCGUUCAACGAAAAAGUGCUCUAUUAUCUCACACUACCAGAAAAGACCGUCUACACAUUGAAUACAGGUACUAUCGGGUUCCGUGGAGCUCAAAGAGGAGAGUAUGAAGCAGCCUACCAGCUCUCAUCAGCAUUUUUCCGCACAAUCAGAGAACGUAAGUACUUCAAAGGAGACGUGAACCUCGAGGUGGUAGUUAAGGACUUUGGAAAGGGCAGACGAGCCUUUUUCGACGCUUUGAAGGGAAAAGAGGGACUAGGUGUGAGAGAACAUGUGUGCAAGCUCACAGACAUGACUCCAAUCAAGUUUGGUGGCGUCCAGGGACCAACCCCAAGAAGAUUGUAG